GAUUUCCCCAUCAUCACUCACAGCUUGUGUUUGUACAUUCUCUGACUGAACACACGAACAACGACGCAUCCACGCCACAAUGGCACAAGUCGCAAACCCCGCGGUCCACAGGCCGGCGCACAAGCUGCUCCCAGACUUUCCGCGCACAGGCAACACGGUGCAGGACCUCGUCGCCGCCGUCGACAUGCUCGUGGUCGCCGUGAAUGAGGAGAGUAAGGGGCGCGCCGACGCCGAGAAGGCGCUCGCCGAGACCCGCCGCCUGCACCAGCAGGACCAGGAGACGGCGUACGCUUGUUUCGAGGAGGAGCGCGUGCGGCGCGAGAAGGAGGAAGAGCAGGCUAGCGUCGCGCUCGUGCAGGAGCGUAAGCUGCGCGAAGAGGAGGUCGCCAAGGCCGCCGAGCUGCUGGCCCAAGAACGCCAGGCACGGCUGCUAGCUGAGGCCAAGCUCGCCGACAUGCAGGCCAAGAUUCGCGCGUUUGCGGGCCUCAAGGCGGUCUACGGCCUGGGCUUGAACGCCAACAACACCUCGACUACCUUUGUGAACGGCAACAGCUCGACAACUUUCGUCAACGGCAGUACCGGCAGUACUACCCACACGGCGACCUUUGCGAACGGCAACAAUGUCGGGUCGCUCUCCCCUGACUCGUCUUACGCGCCCACUCCGGCAACGGACUUUGGCCGGCUCGGGCAGACGCUCGUCCCGGAGAAGCGCGAGAAGCGGGUCAGCUUUGGGUCGGGCUCGCGCCUGAACUUUGGGAACAAGUGA